AUAGCGGAUGUCUGAGAUUCCAAAGAAUAAAGCACACGCUGUAGGGGGUGAUGUUGUGUAUUGUUGAAAUAGAAGCAUAAAGUUAGUAGCCAGAGGUUCAUAUUUACUUUUGCAGCUUUUGGCGACGCGCAGAGGAAGAGUUUACUGUUAGCAUCUGAAGCGGUAGGAGACCGUUAGCUGCUUAGCUAAAGUGGAGACAGGAUGUGAAUGAAUCCGGACGGGACCAGCCCCAGGAACCGGAGCAGCGCUGAGCCAGUCAGACAGACACACCCUUGUCUGGGAAGAGGAACGGAACCGUAUCAGCUCAGCAACAUGCAGCAACUACCCUUCAUAUCUCAUGCCAACAUGUGUUAGCCUCUAGCUGCUGGAUAUAUCCAAUUGGAAACCAGUUUGAGCCCAGUUUAAAGUGUGGACUUAAUAUGACCGACUCAUCAGCACCAUCAUGGCUCGGACAGAGGUGAUAAUCCCCACCAGGCUGUCUGCUGCAGAUCCAGCCUCCACCCACGGCUAACCGGCUCACACCAACCCAGACUUUGUAGGCUACUUGACGUGUUUGUGGUCAGCGUGGAAUGAUGAGCUCUCCCAUGUACACCUUUGUUAGCCGCGAUGAUAACAGCACUAUUUAUGCAGAAGUGUCUAAAAUCCUGCUGUCCACCGGACACUGGAAGAGGCUGAAAAGAGACAAUCCCAGAUUCAACCUCAUGCUCGGUGAGCGGAACCGGCUGCCAUUUGGACGCCUUGGCCAUGAACCAGGACUGGUGCAGCUGGUGAAUUACUACAGAGGAGCAGACAAGCUGUGCAGGAAGGCUUCGCUGGUCAAGCUAAUAAAGACCAGCCCAGAGCUGUCAGACUCCAGCAACUGGUUCCCGGAGUCCUACAUCAUCUACCCCACCAACCUCAACACCCCCGUUGCCCCGGCUACCAACGGCAUCAGCCACCUGAAGAGCAACCCGAAGACAGAUGAGCGGGAAGUCUUCCUGGCCUCCUACCACGCUAAGAAGGAGAGCGGAGAGGGAACCGUGUGGAUCGCCAAGUCUUCUGCUGGAGCUAAAGGUGCUGGUAUCCUGAUCUCACAUGAUGCCAAUCAGCUGCUGGACUAUAUUGACAAUCAGGGACAGGUUCAUGUUAUCCAGAAGUACCUGGAGAAACCCCUGCUGCUGGAGCCGGGUCAUCGGAAGUUUGACAUCAGGAGCUGGGUUCUGGUGGACCAUCAGUAUAACAUCUACCUGUACCGGGAGGGCGUGCUGCGGACCUCGUCGGAGCCCUACAACAGCGCAGACCUGCAGGACAUGACCAGCCACCUGACCAAUCACUGCAUCCAGAAGGAGCACUCCCAGAACUACGGCCGCUAUGAGGAGGGCAACGAGAUGUUCUUCGACGAGUUCAGGCUGUACCUGCUCAACACUCACAACGUCACCCUGGAGAUGACCAUAUUACCUCAGAUCAAACACGUCAUCAAGAGCUGCCUGUCGUGCAUCGAGGCGGCCAUCAGCACCAAGCACCUGUCCUACCAGAGCUUCCAGCUCUUUGGCUUUGACUUCAUGGUCGACGAAAACUUCAAAGUGUGGCUCAUCGAGAUCAACGGCGCUCCAGCCUGCGCUCAGAAACUUUACCCAGAAUUAUGUCAAGGCAUCAUUGACGUGGCGAUCUCCAGCGUCUUCACGCUCAGCAGCGAAUCGUCGUCCGCUUCGUCGUCGCCUUACUCCUCCUCCCCGUCUUCUCUCUUCACAUCCAACUCCUGCUCCUCUCCGAAGCUGAGGGGCCCUCUGCACGUGGGCCCUUUCACCCGCCUCUAGGGGCCCUCCGUCCAAUCCUCACCCAGCAGGAGAAGCACAUGUGGAGACACUUGGCUUCUACCGUCGGUUAAAUGAUGAAGAAGACGGUGGGAGAUGUUCACCCUGCAAAAACACAAAAUCUUACCAAGGACUUUUGGUCUAGUUUCUAGUCCAAAUAUCUUAGUACACUUGAAAUAA